AUGUCAGCUGAAGCGAAACGUUGUAUUGAUCGAGUACGCUUUUCUGAAGAUUCUUACCUGUUACAAGCAAUUCCCCAAUUUGCACAGCUUCCAUCACUACAGCAUUUUUCUGAACAACAACCACCUCCACAACAAUCUGAACCUGAUGGACAACAGCGUCCACCACCGCAACAAGUUGAACCUUGUCCACAACAGUUACCGUCGCAACAAACAUCACAACAAUUGUCUCCGUCUUGA